CGGUGAUGUUUCACGUCGGAAAUAAAUAUAUCACGGACCAUCAUACCCAACGAGGAAGAACAGCUGAUUAUUGUGAAGCAAAUACAAGGAAAACAUUAAGCUAUACUGCCAGUGUGGUGGCGUUUCUGUGGCUGUUAUUAUGAAAACAGUUACAUUAUCUCCGAGGCAGACAUUGAAUUCGUCGCAGUAGUUGUCGAUUCUCUGAGAAGAUGUUUGCCAGACCGUUCCGUGUUAAAUCCAACACGGCAAUCAAAGGCUCAGACAGGAGAAAACUCAAAGCCGACAUAUCUGCAGCUUUUCCGUCACUGUCUGCUGACGAUGUGUCUGAGCUGGUCCCUAACAAAGAGGAAUUAAAUGUAGUGAAGGUUUACGCACAUAAAGGAGAUGCUGUGACACUUUAUGUUCUUCACAAAAAUCCACUGUUCUUUGAACUGGAGAAACGGCUCUAUCCUACAGUGUAUGUGCUUUGGCGUUACCCUAAUCUCCUGCCGACAUUCAGGACAUGGACACCUGUGCUUCAGAAGUUAAUUGGAGGAGCAGAUCUCAUGCUGCCAGGUGUGGUGGUGUCUUCAGGUGGUCUCCCAGAUGUGAAUCAGGGCAGCUGCUGUGCUGUUACAGUGGUGAACAAUAGAGCUCCUGUUGCAGUUGGCACUGCUGCAGUAUCCACUGCAGAGAUGCGCAGCUUGGGUAUGAAAGGGAGAGGAGUGUGUGUUGUCCACACGUACAUGGAUAACCUCUGGGCAUUUGGAGACAAGUCAGGUCCUCCAUCUUUACCGGAUGCAGAGAGCGCGGAGCAAGGGGUGAAUGGAGAGGAAUGUAAUUUUGAUGAGGAAGAGGUGGAGGAGGAGGAGGAGGAGGAGGAGGUCAAGAAGUGUGUGGAGGAGGAACAUAGUUCCUGUGACACGGCGACGGAUCAAGCCUGUUCUGGUCUUGAGGAGCUGAGUUUGGCAGAGCAAGCGGAGGAGAAGGGUGAAAAGAGCAUUGAGGAAGAGGAGGGGAGCCAGGAUGACCCGAAGCAUCCACAAGAGAUAAUGGACGCCCUGCUGUUUCAGUGUUUCCUCCAUGCUCUCAAGAGCAAGGUGAAGAAGUCAGAGCUCCCUCUGCUGACCAGUACUUUUCUCCGCAACCACAUGUUCUCCUGCUGCCCGAGUGGAAAACAACUUGAUAUCAAGAAAUCCAGCUACAAAAAGUUGUCAAAGUUCCUACAGGCCAUGCAGCAGCAGCAUAACCUUGUGCGUGUAAAAGAACUGACCAAGGGUGUGGAGAGCAUUGUGGAGGUGGACUGGAAAAAUCAAGCACUGCGUUCCUUCAGCGCUCCUGAGGGGAUAGAUGAUGAAGCAGCUCCGAUGCAGGAUGGAGGGGAAGGAGAAGCUCCAUACUAUCCACCUGAGAUAACAACUCUGUACUCCGUGUCAGCUCGCCUGGGGCCCCUCUUUCUGGAGGCAAACAAGAGGAAAGGAGCCGUACUGCAGCCUGCUGAAGUGAGAAGUAUUGUCACAGAAUAUGUGAAGAAUAAUGAACUGGUGGACGAAAAUAAUAAGAAUUACGUGACUAUAAACCCGACUCUGUGUGACUGCUUGCUGGAGAAAUCAGAGUACCAGGAGGUUCAGUCUCUCAAGUGGGAUGACCUCUUCAGCAGGACACUGGGACGAAUGCAGGAGUGUUAUCAAGUUGUAUUCCCCGGACUGGCACCUGUAACAAGGAAGGGCCACAUUGAGCCCAUUGACAUCUCUGUGGCUUCUCGUGGCUCCAAUAAGAAGGUCACGCUUAUAAAGAACCUUGAGGUGUAUGGUUUGGAUCCUGCAGUAGUAGCCACGGCUUUGCAGCGCAGAGUCCAGGCCAGCUCCGUCUUACAGCCCAUCCCAGGGUCGAAGGACAAAGUCCUGGUCCAGAUCCAAGGCAACCAGAUUCAUCAAGUCGGCAAUUUGCUGCUAGAUCAUUAUCGAAUUCCUCGCAAGUACAUCCAAGGACUAGAAAAAGCUCCCAAAGGUGGCAAGAAGAAGUAGCAUAUUAACCAACUAUUUACUGAAUGAAAACAGAACAGCAACGGGUGUAAUAAAGUUAAUUCACUGUCAUCAUCUCAA